AUGCUAAAUUCGAUCGAUAAAACUACCAAACGUAAUCAUAUUCCACCGAUUAAAAAUAAUUUACCAGAACAAAUAAAAAUUUUUCAAGAUUCUAUAAAAAAUGAUCAAACAAAAAUGAAUAAACCGAAUACAUUAUCAACAUCCAAAGAUCAUAAACCUUUUCCUCAAAAAAUGUCAGCAACAACUAAUGAUGCAUCUCAUUCAAUAAUUACAACAACUACAACUACAACAACUACUACUACAACAAAAGCCAUUAAUCCGAUUAAUAGUCAUAGUUUAGCUGAAUGUAUAUGCCCACUUUGUAAUGAAAUCUAUCAAAUGACUUGUCAUCGACCAAUUAGUGAAAUAUCAUGUGGUCAUAUUAUAUGUUAUCAAUGUUUUGUUCUUAAUACAAAUCAAUUCGGCUGUAUACAAUGUAAAAAAUCUUCAGAAAAAAAUAAUGAUAAUAUUAAGUUAUCAUCCAUUAAAAAUGUACCAUCGGAUAAUAAGAAUACGAUUCAACAAGUAGUUAAUGAAAAAUUUGAAAACCAUUCAUCGAAUUAUAAACAUCGAAUUCUCAAUGCUUUUCAUCAUGUUUUUGGACUUUCAGAAGUUUGUAUAUUAAUUUAA